GAUAAUUUUAAUUUUAACCACUGCCGAACGUGUUUGCGCAAGAUGGCUGUGCUGUAACACAAGACAGAUUCUUGACAAAAAGGCUUAUGGAAAGCCGUGGAGAUAUGUGAAUUAUAUCGGAUUACUUUGGACCUUUUUUUCAUUUUGCUGGGAGACGUACCCGGAGUCUCUAGCGCAACCAUGGACUCCAGCACAUCUCUGAAGAUGAAUUCUCUGAGCACCCAGAGUCUCUUCAGCUACGUGGAGGAGGAAAACCUUUCUGCCAUCAAAGCUCAUCUGGAUAAAUACCGAGAGGUGGACACCAGGAGUGAAAAUGGCCAGACUGCUCUCAUGCUGGCGUCAGAGCAGGGCAGUCUAGAGAUUGUGCAGGAGCUCAUCCGGAGAGGAGCAAACAUCCAUCUGGAUGACAUUGAUUGCUGGACUGCACUGAUUUCAGCUGCUAAAGAGGGACACACUGACGUGGUGAAGGAACUCCUGGAGAACAAUGCCAAUGUGGAGCAUCGAGACAUGGGGGGCUGGAGUGCGCUCAUGUGGGCCGCUUAUAAGGGCCGUGUGGAGGUGGCAGGUCUACUGCUGGAGAAGGGAGCAAACCCUAACAUCACCGGACAGUACAGUGUUUACCCCAUCAUAUGGGCGGCAGGACGAGGCCAUGCAGAGAUUGUUCAGCUGCUGCUUCAGCAUGAAGCCAAAGUCAACUGCUCUGACAAGUAUGGCACCACACCACUGAUUUGGGCCUCCAGGAAAGGCCAUUAUGACUGUGUGAUGCACCUGCUGGAGAAUGGCGCCAAUGUGGACCAGGAAGGAGCGAACUCGAUGACUGCUCUGAUAGUGGCCGUCCGAGGUGGUUUCACUGAGGUGGUGAAGGAACUGCUUAAGAGAAACCCCAAUGUGAAUAUGACCGACAAAGAUGGCAAUACAGCAUUGAUGAUCGCCGCUAUAGAGGGCUACACCGAGAUCGUCCAAGACUUGCUGGACGCAGGCACAUACGUCAACAUCCCUGACCGGAGUGGAGAUACGGUGCUUAUCGGAGCCGUCAGAGGAGGUCAUGUGGAGAUUGUCCGAGCUUUGCUGAAUAAAUACGCUGAUAUUGAUGUCAAAGGCCAGGAUGGUAAGACUGCCCUGUACUGGGCUGUGGAGAAAGGGAAUGCUACCAUGGUACGAGAUAUUCUGCAAUGCAACCCUGAUACUGAGGCCUACACCAAGGAUGCAGAGACUCCACUUAUAAAAGCCACCAAGAUGAGAAACAUGGAAAUCGUGGAGCUUCUAUUGGACAAAGGUGCCAAGGUGUCAGCGGUGGAUAAGAAAGGUGACACACCUCUGCAUAUUGCCAUCCGUGGGAGAAGCCGCAAACUGGCUGAGCUGCUCUUGAGAAACCCUAAAGAUGGCCGUCUGCUCUACCGGCCCAACAAAGAGGGAGAAACGCCCUACAACAUUGACUGCACACACCAAAAAAGCAUCCUCACACAGAUAUUCGGAGCCAAGCACCUGUCUCCCUCUGAGUGUGAUGGAGAUAUGCUGGGUUAUGACCUGUACAGCAGUGCUCUGGCUGAUAUCUUGAGUGAACCCACAAUGCAGCCUCCCAUCUGUGUGGGCCUUUAUGCCCAGUGGGGCAGCGGCAAGUCCUUCCUACUGAAGAAACUGGAGGAUGAGAUGAAGACAUUUGCCGGGCAGCAGGUGGAGCCGUUGUUUCAAUUUUCAUGGCUGGUGGUGGUUUUGACUCUGCUGCUGUGUGGAUCUGUGGCUUUGGUCCUCGGCUUUGCUGUCGACACAAAACUGGCCAUCGCUGUAGCCCUCACUCUGCUCGCUCUCAUGUACAUCUUCUUUGUGUUGGUCUACUUUGGUGGGAGAAAAGCAGGUGAGAGUUGGAGUUGGGCCUGGGUCCUAAGCACCAGACUGGCCCGACACAUUGGCUACCUGGAGCUGCUACUUAAACUCAUGUUCGUCAAUCCACCAGAGCUUCCAGAGCAGACCACCAAAGCCCUGCCUGUCCGGUUUCUGUUCACCGACUAUAACCGUCUGUCGAGUGUGGGAGGGGAGACAUCCAUGGCUGAAAUGAUAGCCACGCUGUCCGAUGCCUGCGAGAGAGAGUUCGGCUUCUUGGCCACCAGACUCUUCAGAGUCUUCAAGAAUGAUGAAGCUCAAGGAAAAAAGUGGAAGAAGACAUGCUGUGUGCCGUCUUUUGUGUUGUUCGUGUUGACGUCGGGCUGUCUGAUCACAGGCAUGGCUCUGCUGGCCAUCUUCAAGGUGGACUCGGAGAACCUGACGGUGAAUGCGGUGCUGAUCUCCAUGGCCAGUGUUGUGGGUCUGGCGCUGCUGCUAAACUGCAGGACCUGGUGGCAGGUGGCAGAUUCUGUGCUUCACUCUCAGAGGAGGAGGCUGCUCAACGCUGCCAACCGCAUGCACAAACUCAAGAGUGAGGGAUUCAUGAAGGUUUUGAAGUGUGAAGUGGAGCUCAUGGCUAAAAUGGCUAAAACCAUUGACAGCUUCACUCAGAAUCAGACCCGACUGGCUGUCAUCAUCGAUGGCCUGGACUCCUGCGAACAGGACAAGGUGUUACAGAUGCUCGACACGGUUCGGGUGCUCUUUUCCAAAGGUCCCUUCAUCUCCAUCUUUGCCAGCGACCCUCAUAUCAUCAUUAAAGCCAUAAACCAGAACCUCAACAGUGUGCUGCGCGACUCCAACAUCAACGGCCAUGACUACAUGCGAAACAUCAUCCACCUGCCCGUGUUCCUCAACAGCCGUGGCCUCAGCACUGCUAAAAGACUCUGCAUUUCCACAGCAGCCAAUGGAGCCGAUCAACUGAACAAUGAUGCAUGGCAAGAGGACGUGGACAGGAAGUUGUCUCAAAACAGUCUCGGCGAUCAGGGCCGGCAGGGCAGCAAAACAGCACUGAACCGCCGGGACACGUACCGCAGGAGGCAGAUGCAGCGCUCCGUCACCAGACAGAUGUCCUUUGACCUCACCAAGCUGCUGGUUACUGAAGACUGGUUUAGCGACAUCAGCCCUCAGACCAUGAGGAGACUGCUCAACAUAGUGUCAGUCACAGGGCGCCUUCUGAGAGCCAAUCAGAUCAUCUUUAACUGGGACCGGCUGGCAUCCUGGAUCAACCUGACCGAGGAGUGGCCAUACCGGACAUCUUGGAUCAUCCUGUUCCUGGAGGAAACUGAUGGAGUGACAGACCUUGUCACACUCAAGACCAUCUAUGAGAGGAUUUCUAAAAACAUCCCCACAACUAAAGAUGUGGAGCCUCUGCUGGAGAUUGAUGGUGAUAUUCGUAGUUUUGAGGUGUUUCUGUCUUCACACACCCCUGUUCUCACCGCUCGUGAUGUGGAAAUGUUCCUGCCGUGUACUGUCAACCUGGAUCCCAAACUGAGGGAGAUCAUCGCAGAUGUACGAGACGCACGCGAGCAGAUGCACCUUGGAGGAGUCAGUUUUCCCACACUGCCCUUGCAAGAUGCUUCGGUGCGGCCACACUCUGGGUUCGGGCAGCAGUCUUUGGCUUGUUCUCCUACAGGCUCUUUUCCUGGGUCUUUCCCCAAUGCUGGAGUGUUGCCCGCCACUCAGCCCCACAGCAGCUACUUCAGUGGGCUUACAGGGCCACAACAUCCCUUCUACAACCGGCCUUACUUCCCUCAUCAUGUUUAUCACCUGCCCCGAAAUUACCCCGGCCACCCCCAUCACGCCCCCACCCGCCCUGCUUCUAAACUCCACAAGGACCCCGGUCUGGGACUAGAUGUAAUCAGAGAGGACUCCAGUGAGGGUCUUCCCUCUCCUACAUCCCCUUCUAUGAUUAAAUCUCAGCCCUUCAGAAUGAAGCAGGGCUCUGUGGUCUCUAGUGGAUCUCAGGUCCUGCUCAGUUCUCUGACCAUCGAUGGAGUAUGUGAGAAGCUCAGACAGAUCCAAGGCCUGGACUCCAGCAUGCUGGAGCAGUACAUCGGCACAAUCAAAAAGGCCAACGUGAACGGUCGGGUUCUGUCUCAAUGCAACCUCGACGAACUGAAGAAGGAAAUGAACAUGAACUUUGGCGACUGGCAUCUCUUCAGGUCAACGGUUGUGGAGCAGCGUCAUGCGGAGAACCAGCUGCUGCAUGAUGAAUCAGGAGCGUGCAGCGAGCAGGGCAGCAGCGUGUUGAUUCAACCCGAACCCCACAGACCCUCUGAAGCUCGUCAAGACGUGACCGUCAACCCAGAAAACUUCACGUACAGCCUCAACCUUAGCUUUGAAGAGCUCAGCGGCGUGGGGCUGGAGGAGUCUGCCAGACAACACAAUGCCCACUGGCUGGCCAAUACUCACCGGACCCCCAGCUUAUCCAGUCUAAACUCUCAGGAAUCAUCUAAUGACAUCUGUAAGCUGACCGACAAGCAGCAGGCCGAGUAUCACAGUGCAUACCAAGAGUACAUCUCCCACAUGUCCCAUUUGGAAGCAUCUGCUGCAGGACGAGAAAGUCAAACUCAAGCCCUGUCCAGCCAGCUCCUCUCAACCAGCUCUGAGGACAAGAUUAAAGAAGGAGACCAAGAUGGACGCAAACCCUUUGGCAAAAAAGGCCCCAAACCUACAGACACCAUGGCAGACUUCUCCUCCCCCCCAGAUAGUGGUCUUCUAGACCCCAUUACAGAGGAGGAUGAGAAGUCCGAUCAUGGGUCUGCCACUAAAAACCCACCCAGACGCAAAACCAAAGGACAGGGCCCUUAUUAUCACAGUUUACCGAGUGACGAAGACGACUCUGGAGAUGAGGAAACUGAUGCAACCCCGCUUCUAAAAGACGAGCCCUGGGGCGCAGAACCAGAUCUAGACCACUUGUCGAAAGGAAAAGGCUUCGUCUCAGAUAUCAUGCUGGACAAGAAGUCGUCCGACUCUGGAGUAAGGUCCAGCAGAAGCUCAUCUGACCACUCCCUGCAGGACGAGGAGAAGGAGGAGAAGUCAGAAGAACAGGAGGCCCAACUGAUUGAGCUGGUUGUUGAGAGUCCGGUUAAAAAGCGGGUGUUACCAAACAGGUUGAGCAACCUUCAGGAUGAAGCCUUGGCCCGCAUGUCAAUCUGCUCUGACGCUCCAUCUGAAGGCAGCACCCCUGAAGAAAGCUGGCCCGCUCCAGCCGUGAGCAACCUCAACUGCUCGGCCAAUAAUACAGCAAUCAACAACAACAUCAACAACAGUGGCCAGCAGGAGACCCUCGACUCAACCGACUGCCCCUCACUCAUUAUACGACCAGGAUCCAGCACUGAAAACACCACACUGGAAAACCAGAACCUGCGUGGUGUUCAGCGGAAGAUGUCCAUUGGACCUGCCACCGACGCCACCGAGGAACGAGAAAGUGUCCUCUAAGCACAAGUUGUCUUAAUGGAUUACUUCUAGAGCUGUGGUGAAGGAUGUUUGAGAUUAUAUGCUGAUUCUGAAAUGUUGUAAAUGCGUUGCUAUUCUCUCUUGAAUCAGUUCUGAGCUUAGUAUUUAACAGCAGAUGGUGCUCUAGGCUAGUUUUUAACUGUACACUCAAGUGCCCACAUGGAAGAUCGCUUCUGUGUUCGGCUGAGUCAUGUUAAUUGGCUUAAAUGGCACGAGAAUAAUGUAGACAGUACAAUACCAUGCACAUUCUUGUAAUUUGCAUAAACCUUACUACGGUGGCAGAGAGAGCUUAACAUGCUGCAAUUAUAGAAAACACGUGCAAUUACAAAAUUACAAAUAUGCCAGCAAAUUAAGGAAAGAUCUUCAUCCAUUUAACAGCACAUGUCCUCACAACGCAUACACAUAAAAAAAUAUGCUGCAUUUUCUCACAACGCAAACAAUUUACAAAAUCGCACUGCAUUGUCUCACAAUGCAAACAAAGUAAAGAAUGUACUGCAUUUUCCCUCAACGCAAACAAUUUACGAAAUCGCUUUGCAUUUUCCCUCAACACAAUUUACAAAAUCGUGUUGCAUUUUCCCACAACGCAAACAAUUUACAAAAUCACGCUACAUUUUCCCUCGACGCAAACAAUUUACAAAAUCGUGCUGGAUUUUCCCUCAACACAAUUUACAAAAUCGUGUUGCAUUUUCCCACAACGCAAACAAUUUACAAAAUCGUGUUACAUUUUUCCUCGACGCAAACAAUUUACAAAAUUGCGCUGCAUUUUCCCUCAACGCAAACAGUUUACAAAAUCGCGCUGCAUUUUCCCUCGACGCAAACAAUUUACAAAAUCGCGCUGCAUUUUCCCUCGACGCAAACAAUUUACAAAAUCGCGCUGCAUUUUCCCUCGACGCAAACAAUUUACAAAAUUGCGCUGCAUUUUCCCUCAACGCAAACAAUUUACAAAAUCGUGUUACAUUUUCCCACAACGCAAACAAUUUACAAAAUCGUGUUGCAUUUUCCCACAACGCAAACAAUUUACAAAAUCGUGUUACAUUUUUCCUCGACGCAAACAAUUUACAAAAUUGCGCUGCAUUUUCCCUCAACGCAAACAGUUUACAAAAUCGCGCUGCAUUUUCCCUCGACGCAAACAAUUUACAAAAUCGCGCUGCAUUUUCCCUCGACGCAAACAAUUUACAAAAUCGCGCUGCAUUUUCCCUCGACGCAAACAAUUUACAAAAUUGCGCUGCAUUUUCCCUCAACGCAAACAAUUUACAAAAUUGCGCUGCAUUUUCCCUCAACGCAAACAGUUUACAAAAUCGCACUGCAUUUUCCCUCAACGCAAACAAUUUACAAAAUUGCGCUGCAUUUUCCCUCGACGCAAACAAUUUACAAAAUCGCGCUGCAUUUUCCCUCAACGCAAACAGUUUACAAAAUCGCGCUGCAUUUUCCCUCGACGCAAACAAUUUACAAAAUCGCGCUGCAUUUUCCCUCGACGCAAACAAUUUACAAAAUUGCGCUGCAUUUUCCCUCAACGCAAACAAUUUACAAAAUCUUGCUGCAUUUUCCCACAACGCAAACAAUUUACAAAAUUGCACUGCAAUUUUUCACAACACAAAAAGAACAGAACACAAUGGAAAUGUUUGAAAGGGACCUAAAAAAAGUGAUGGAUGCUGCUGUGCUGUGACUAUUGCUUAGUGAAGAUGAUCUUUGAAAGGUGAGUUUUUUUGUUUUUUUUAAAAUCCUGAUUCGCAUGUCUAGUAUUUAUUAAUACUUAAAUAACAAUGACCUAAAUAGCUAGGUUCGUCACAUUGUAGGAUCUCCUUAAAACAAUUCCAUUGUGUUGUGAGAAUGUUUGCGUUGUGAAAAAAUGCAGCGUGUUUUAUUAAUUUGUUUCUGUUGUUAGAAAAUGCAGCACUUUUUUUUUUUUUUUUUUAAUGUGUUUGCGUUGUGACGAUUGGCAGUGUGUUGUCAAACUAAAGAUUUUUUUCUCAAGUUGCUGGGUUUUUUGUAAUUGCACGUGUUUUCUUAAAUUGCAGCACAUUAAGCUCUUAGCCACCAUACCUUACUUUAUUUUUAAUUAUUAUUUAUUUUAUUAUAGACCGCUAUAUACUGUUAGAAACUAAGCACAGAAUCAAUGCAGAAUCAAUAUCUCAAAUGAUUUUUAGCCACAGCUCGAAAUAGUUUACUUCCAGAAUUUUCAUUUAUCUGAUAAUUUACUCGCUUCCCUAUGUAUUUCAAGAUCUGACUAUUUCCCUCUUUCUUCCGUUGAAAGAAAAUUAAGGAUUUUGAGAAAAACAUUUUCCAUAAACACUCAAAAAAAGCGCUCACUGUUUGUUCAAAUUUCUUUAAAACAAACUGAAACAACUCAAUUCUUGAGUGUUUUUGGGGACAACUUAAUUGUUUUUUGUUUAAUCCACUUAAAUUUGUAAAAACCAAUAGGUUAACUCAAUAUCUUCACGUUGUCCCAACACAAAUUGAUUUUGUGCAACCCACCAUUUUUGACUUCUGGUGCUCAGGUUUGAACCUCCAUAUUUAGUUUUCAAUACAGUUCCAAAAAGCUCUUAAUGAUCCAGAAUGAGGAAUAAGCUACUUACUCAAUAACACAGUCAGAAUUUAAUGUUUUAACCAGAGCUAAUCAAACGUUUGUGGUUAAAAAAAAAAAAGUAUGACCCAUCAUUUCACUAUAAAAGACCCUUAUUCCUUCUCUGGGAUCAUUUAUCCAUUGUGAAAAGAAAAGAAAAAAAAAAAGAGUAAAUGAUCAGGAAAUUCAUAUUCUGGAAGUGAACUAAUCAUUUCAACUCGAGGAUACGCAACCUUCCUACAGUUCACCUCUAAAUGAUUGAGUACUUCUGAAGAUCUGACACUGUGUAAACACUAGACAUACCUGUUGUUUUAUUGUUGCAACAGUUACAGUAAGGUAAGGCAGGUUUGCACCCUAAGAAACGAUGUCCUGCAGAGUUUUAGUCCAGCCUUGAUAAGAUCUCACCUGCCUGUAGCUUUCUACGAUGAUUUUGCUGCUUGUUCAGAGUUUAAACAAAGCAAUUAAAGUAAAAAAAAAAAACGUUUUAUGUUAAAUCUACCUACAUUUCUAACAACAGUUAAGUUAACUUAAUAGAUUUGUCUUCAGAAAACAUGAAGGAAUUGUGUCGUGUGGAACUCAAUGUAGUAGCCCUCAGAACUUGAUUAGCCUGUUCUGGUGUGUUUGAUUAGGAUUAGAGCAAAACUCUGCUGCACUGCAGCUCUCAGGGACCAAACCUACGCCUGAAAUAGAGGUCGUAACACGGGUCAAACCAAUUAUAUGUCCUUUAUAUCCGUAAACAGAAUGAGACUAUGAAGAUUUGUCGCUCACUUUAUGCCACAUCUAGUCAGGACAGAAUCACUGUUAACGUUUUUUUCAUUCUUAAUGUCUUUCGUCUGCACUCGUGUCAAAGUUAGACACUGUUGUUCAGCUUAUUCAGGUGUAUUUGAUCAGGGUUGAGCUGAACUUUGCAAGAUCUUCAGGAACAGAACUGAACACACCUGCUUUUUUACUUCUGAAGGGUAAAUAACUGGAAAGGUUUGAGAUUACUAUAAAACAUGAAGUAAACUUGAAGCCGAGUUACUUCUCAUUUUUUCUGUGUUGAAUUUUGUGUGGUUAGAUUCUUUACAUGGAUAGAUUCACUGCAAAAUCUCUUAAUCAGUGUUUAUGCUUUGUUUUGCGUAAGAAAUAUUGAGAUAUCCGUAAAAAAAGAAACUGACACGUGUUAGCUAUGGAAAAGUUGAAUAUAAUUUAUAUGAUUUAAAGCUUUGUUGCUGCUGGAAGGGCAUCUGCUGUGUAAAACAUGGGGGAAUAGUUGGUGGUUCAUUCCGCUGUGGCAACCCCUGAUAAAUAAGGGACUUAAGCUGAAUGAAUAAAUGAUUUGAAACAUUCAAGAUAAUGGAAAAUUAACAAAUGCUUUUGCUACAUUAAUUUAGGUUAUUGUUUAUUUUUUUCCUCUAUGAACAUUUUAACAUUUGAAGAAAUGUACAUGAGCGUUAUUUGGCAGUAUAGCGUAAUGGUGUACUUGUACAUCAAUAAUAGCCUAGAAUAAUAGAUUUCAUUUAGUAUAUGGAGUAGGUUUAUUGUUAAAACAUACUACAUCUCCUCCUUUUUCAUUCUUGAUUUAUUUUUGUUCAUGGAUUUAUCUUGAUGUUUGGAUAUUUUAAACUGUAAAACAAAGUCAAAAUACAGAUGAAGAAGAAGCAGUUUAAAAGUGUGAGAAACGUGAUUAUUGUUGCUUUAGUGUUGCUUUAAAAAAGCAAUAUAAACAGAGGCUGUGAAGCUGUUGAUAGUUUCUGACGUGUUUAGUGCAAAUCCUGUUAUUUCACGCUCCGUUGCUAACAUUAAAGAUCUAGCAUAGGCCCGUCCGCAAAAUUCAAACCUAUCAAGUAGAGUGAGGAUUUAGCCACACUUACAUAGUGCUGUGAUCAUCGUUAUUGAUUGGUGAUUUAAUGUCCGGUUCAUCUUCAGGUCAUCCCUGUGUUUGUCCUCUGGAGUUUGUAGUGCUGUAGAUGAGUGAUCAGUGUUAUAAGAGAUAGAGAGGUUUCUUGAAAAGUGUGAUUUGUGUAUGGCCAAUUGCCUCAGUGUUUGGUCUGGUUUUCUCAAAUCAUUAAAACUGUUUUCAGCCCUUUUGAA